ACGAUGGUGGGGGAACUCCGCUACAGAGAAUUCAGGGUGCCACUGGGACCCGGCCUGCAUGCCUACCCUGAUGAGCUGAUCCGACAGCGGAUGGGCCCUGAUGGGCAUCCCGAGUACCAGAUCCGCUGGCUUAUCCUCAGGCGUGGAGAUGAUGGGGAUGGGGGCUCUAGCCAAGUGGACUGCAAGGCCGAGCACAUCCUCUUGUGGAUGUCCAAUGAUGAGAUCUAUGCCAACUGCCACAAGAUGCUGGGCGAGGAUGGCCAGGUCAUCGGGCCUUCCUCCCAGGAGUCUUCGGGGGAGACUGGAGCCCUGGACAAGUCGGUCCUAGGGGAGAUGGAGACUGAUGUGAAAACCUUGAUUCAGAGGGCCCUUCGACAGCUGCAGGAAUAUGUGGGCACCAUCCCGCCUGCCCCUCUGCUUCAUACUGUCCAUGUGCUCAGUGCCUAUGCCAGCAUUGAACCCCUCACAGGGAUCUUCAAAGACCCAACGGUCCUGGACUUGCUCAUGCAGAUGUUGAGUAGUCCUGAUUAUCAGAUGCGCUGGAGCGCGGGCCGGAUGAUCCAAGCCCUGUCUUCGCAUGAUGCUGGGACUCGGACCCAGAUCCUCCUGUCACUGAGCCAGCAAGAGGCCAUUGAGAAGCACUUGGAUUUCGACAGCCGCUGCGCUCUGUUGGCACUAUUUGCACAGGCCACACUCUCUGAACAUCCUAUUUCUUUCGAAGGUGUUCAGCUGCCACAGGUCCCAGGAAGGCUCCUCUUCUCCCUGGUGAAGGGCUAUUUGCAUGUUACCUCACUCCUGGAUCAACUGAACGACAGUGCUGCAGAACGAGGGCUCCAGAACAACUCAGUUCCUGAGGAGUUCAAUGGGGAGAGGAGCCGGCUAGAACUGGAAUUCAGUAUGGCCAUGGGCAGCUUGAUCACAGAGUUGGUGCAGGUCAUGCGCUGGGACCGGGCCUCCUCCAGCAGACAGGGGAGAUGGAUAAGGCCUACCUCGUCCAUUUUCCAACGCCACCCUGAAGAUGCAGACCCUGGGCUCCCAGCUGCCCAAGCCCAGCCUGCCCCCAGGCGGUCACGGCGGUUUCGCCCUCGCACUGAGUUUGCAAGUGGCAAUACCUAUGCCUUGUAUGUGCGGGAUACCCUCCAGCCAGGGAUGCGAGUGCGCAUGCUGGAUGAUUAUGAAGAGAUCAGAGCUGGGGACGAGGGCGAGUUCCAGCAGAGCAACAAUGGUGUGCCCCCUGUGCAGGUGCUAUGGGAAUCAACAGGCCGCACCUACUGGGUACACUGGCACAUGUUGGAGAUCCUGGGCUUUGAGGAAGACAUUGAAGAGAUGGCGGAUGCUGAGGAAAACCAAGGGGCAGUAGGCAGUGGAGCCCUGGGUGUAGCCUUGCCCUCAUGGAGGUGGAAGCCCAUGGCAGAGCUCUAUGCUGUGCCUUAUGCUCAGCCAGAGGAUGAGGAUGCUGAGGAGAGCGAGCACCUAACCCAGGCUGAAUGGUGGGAGCUGCUGUUCUUCAUUAAGAAGCUGGAUGUCUCUGACCAUCAAGAGGUUCUGCAGAUCCUCCAGGAGAAUCUGGAUGGGCAGAUUUUGGAUGAUGAGCUCUUGGCUGAGCUGGGCGUGCCCAUAGAGCUGGCCCAGGAUCUGCUACUGGCUUUGCCUCAGCGACUUGAUGACAGUGACCUCCGGGACCUACUCAAUAGCCGUGUCUACAAGAAGUAUGGGACUGAGGCCCUGGCUGGGCAGCCAGCCUACCCACUCCUUCUAGAAGUUCCACAAGAUGCCUUCCUGCUGGGAGCCCAGGCCCAGCCUCAGAAAUCAAAUGAUGUAGCCAGCGCUGAAGCCAAAGAACCCGAGUCUCAGUGUUCUGACACUCCCCUGCAGCACCUGGUAGAGGGCUGUGGUCCAGCAGGGAAAGUCCUCCUGGAUCUGGAGCGAGCUCUGGGCACAGAGGGCUCCCUGGAAGGCGAGGCCAGGCCACUCGUGCUACAGCUCCAGCGGCAGCCAUGGCCUUUCCUCACACUCAUGCAGAGCCUCAGCACACCAGCCUCCAACAGGGCUCUGCACCUGACUGCUUUGAGAAUCCUGACACAGUUGGUGGACUUUCCUGAGGCGCUGCUGCUGCCCUGGCAUGAGGCCAUGGAUGCCUGUGUGGCCUGCCUGCGGUCCCCAAGCACUGACCAAGAGGUCCUUCAGGAGCUCAUCUCCUUCCUGCACCGCCUGACCUCAGCAAGCAGGGACUAUGCUGUGGUGCUGAACCAGCUGGGUGCCCGAGACGCAAUCUCUAAGGCCCUGGAGAAGCACCAGGGGAAGCUGGAGCUGGCCCAGGAGCUGCGGGACAUGGUGUUCAAGUGUGAGAAGCACGCCCACCUCUACCGGAGACUCCUCACCAACGUCCUGGGAGGCUGCAUCCAGAUGGUGCUGGGCCAGAUUGAAGACCACAGACGAACCCACCGGGCCAUCAACAUCCCCUUCUUUGAUGUGUUCCUCAGAUAUCUAUGCCAGGGCUCCAGUGUGGAAAUGAAGGAGGACAAGUGCUGGGAGAAGAUUGAGGUGUCUUCCAAUCAGCAGCAGGCCAGCCGGCUGACAGAUCGCAAUCCCAAGACCUACUGGGAGUCCAGCGGCAGCGCCGGGUCCCACGCCAUCACCUUGCACAUGCACCAGGGCAUCCUCGUGAGGCAGCUGACUCUGCUGGUGGCCAGCGAGGACUCAAGCUACAUGCCGGCCAGGGUGGUGGUAGUUGGGGGCGACAGCACCAACUCUCUUAACACGGAACUCACCUCGGUCAACGUGAUGCCCACCGCCAGCCGGGUGAUCCUCCUGGAGAACCUGAACCACUUCUGGCCCAUCAUCCAAAUCCGCAUAAAGCGCUGCCAGCAGGGUGGCAUCGACACACGAAUUCGAGGGGUAGAGGUCCUGGGCCCUAAGCCCAACUUCUGGCCAGUUUUCCGGGAGCAGCUGUGUCGACACACACGCCUCUUCUACAUGGUUCGGGCACAGGCCUGGAGCCAGGAUAUAGCUGAGGACCGAAGGAGCCUGCUCCACCUCAGCUCUAGACUCAAUGGGGCUCUGCGCCAGGAGCAGAAUUUUGCUGACAAUUUCCUCCCUGAUGAGGAGGCCGCCCAAGCCCUGGGCAAGACCUGCUGGGAGGCCCUGGUCAGCCCCCUGGUGCAGAGCAUCACCUCCUCAGAUGAGGAUGGAGUUAGCCCCCUGGGCUGGCUGCUGGACCAGUACCUGGAGUGUCGGGAGGCUUCGCACAACCCCCAGAGCCGAGCGGCAGCCUUCUCCUCGCGUGUGCGCCGCCUCACCCACCUGCUGGUGCACGUUGAGUCCUGCGAGGUGCCCACUCCAGUGGUGGCCAGUCCUCGGCCCAAAGGCAGGAACAGAAGCCACGACUGGAGCUCCCUGACAACCCGGGGGCUUCCAAGCAGCAUCAUGAGGAACCUGACACGCUGUUGGCGGGCGGUGGUGGAGCAGCAGGUGAACAAGUUCCUGGCUGCAAACUGGCAAGACGAUGACUUUGUGCCACGCUAUUGUGAACACUUUGAUAAGCUGCAGAAAUCAAGCUCUGAGCUGUUUGGACCCCGGGCAGCCUUCUUGCUGGCACUGCAGAAUGGCUGUGCAGGGGCCUUACUGAAGCUCCCCUUUCCCACAGCCACCCAUGUGAGUGAGCAGUUUGCUCGACAAAUCGACCAGCGGAUCCAGGGCAGCCGAAUCGGUGGAGCCCGGGGAAUGGAGAUGCUGGCACAACUGCAGCGAUGCCUGGAGACUGUGCUAGUGUUCUCUGGCCUGGAGAUGGCCACAACCUUUGAGCAUUAUUACCAGCACUACAUGGCGGACCGACUCCUGGGCCUGGGCCCAAGCUGGCUGGAGGGGGCCGUGCUGGAGCAGAUUGGUCCCUGUUUCCCCAACCGCCUCCCCCAGCAGAUGCUGCAGAGCCUGAGCACCGCAGAGGAGCUGCAGCACCAGUUCCAUGUCUACCAGCUCCAGAGGCUUGACCAGGAACUCCUCAAGCUGGACGAUACAGAGAAGAAAAUACAGGUAGGGGUGGGUCAUGAGGCCAGCCGCCAGGAGAAUGAACGAGAGGAAGCCGAAGCUGGUGUUGAGGGAGAGGAGGAGAAUGAGAAUGAGGAUCUCUACUACGAAGGUGCCAUGCCUGAAGUGCCUGUGCUCGUCCUGUCGCCACGCUGCUGGCCCACCUCCUCGAUCUCCCACAUGUUGAACCCCAGGAUCUGCCUACCCUCCUACCUGAGGGGACCUUUAAACCGAUACUCCAACUUCUAUAACAAGAGCCAGAGUCACCCUGGCAUGGAGCAAAGUCCACAGAGACGGCUACAAUGGACGUGGCUGGGCCGGGCUGAGGUGCAGUAUGGGGAUCAGACUCUCCAUGUGUCCACCGUGCAGAUGUGGCUGCUGCUGUACCUUAAUGACCUGAAGGCCAUCUCAGUGGAGACGCUGCUGGAGCUUUCUGGGCUCUCUCCAGACAUGCUCAAUUCAGCGAUUGGACCGCUCACUUCUUCAAGAGGCCCCUUGGACCUCCAGGAGCAAAAGGAUGCACCAGGAGGGGUACUCAAGAUUCGAGAUGACAGUGAGGAGCCAAGGCCAAGGAGGGGCAACGUCUGGCUCAUCCCACCCAAGACAUACCUGAAAGCAGAGGAUGAAGAGGGCCGGAACUUGGAGAAAAGGCGGAACCUCCUGAACUGCAUCAUUGUCCGAAUCCUCAAGGCUUAUGGGGAUGAGGGGCUGCAUAUUGACCAGCUCGUUUGCCUGGUCCUGGACGCGUGGCAGAAGGGCCCGUGCCCUCCCCGGGAUCUGGUUGGCAGCCUAGGUCAGGGGUCCGCCUGCAGCAGUACCGAUGUGCUCUCCUGCGUCCUGCACCUCCUGGGCAAAGGCACGGUGAGGCGCCACGAUGACCGGCCCCAGAUGCUGUCAUACGCUGUCCCGGUGACGGUGAUGGAACCGCACACCGAGUCACUGAACCCAGGCUCGUCAGGCCCCAACCCACCUCUCACCUUCCACACUCUGCAGAUUCGCUCUCGUGGGGUGCCCUAUGCCACUGGCACUGGCACCCAGACCUUCUCUACCUUCCGAUAG